CUUUCUGGACGUGAUCGCGGACGGGAAGCAGGAACCAACUGAAGGGGGAUAAAAGUGAAUAUAAUGAGACUACAGUUAGUACGCUCAUCGCUCGGCUGCUUGGCUUUCUGUGCAUUAUCCGCCUCUCGCAAUAAAGCCCUAACACAAGCAGCAGCUGUAUCACAUCUUUAUUAUAUGAGAAAAACUAUGCACUAUCAAACGGAGCAGAAAGGACAACCGAACUCCCCAGACUACCGCAUUUAUUUUAAAACCUCUGAAGGGAAAUACAUAUCACCAUUCCAUGAUAUUCCACUUAUAGCAGAGCCACAGCAGGAUAAUGAUGUGCCGGCAAAAAAACUGAAGAUAGAAAAUAAGGUGCUUUAUAACAUGGUGGUGGAGGUACCUCGAUGGUCAAAUGCUAAAAUGGAGAUUGCGACAAAGGAACAGCUGAAUCCUAUCAAACAGGAUGUGAAGAAGGGAAAACUCAGAUAUGUUGCCAACAUUUUUCCACAUAAAGGCUACAUUUGGAACUAUGGGGCAUUCCCACAGACGUGGGAAGACCCAAACCACAAAGACAAAGAAACAAACUGCUGUGGUGAUAAUGAUCCAAUUGACGUUUGUGACAUUGGCUCCCAGGUGUGCUCUCCAGGUCAGGUAAUCCAGGUGAAAGUGCUCGGCAUCUUGGCCUUGAUCGAUGAGGGAGAAAUGGACUGGAAGGUCAUCGCUAUCAACGCUGAAGACCCAGAUGCUAAAAACUUAAACAGUAUAGAAGAUGUUCGUAAAAGCCGACCAGGUCACUUAGAGGCCACUGUUGACUGGUUUAGGAAAUAUAAGGUGCCUGACGGAAAGCCUGAGAAUCAGUUUGGAUUCAAUGGGCAGUUCAAAGACAAGGACUUUGCAGUCAAGAUCAUUAAGUCCACCCACGAGCUCUGGAAAGCACUUGUGCAGAAGCAAACAAAUGCUGCAGGGAUUGAAUGCAAAAACAUCUCCUGCUGUGAUAGCCCUUUCCAAUGCAGCGCAGACGAGGCCAACAUUAUUGUCCAGUCGGCUCCUGUAUUUGGUACCGCACUUUCAGUGUCUCCAGAGGUGGACAAGUGGCAUUUUGUCUGAAGGCUGCUCACACUCCUUGGAAACCAUCAAGACGUCUAAUGAAACAGCAUCAAUCCUACUCUUCAUAAUUUUUGUAUGGAGAUAGGUUUAUUUUUCAUAAAUACUGUCUCUGCAGCAUAAAGUGCCAUUUACAUUUAUUCAUUUGAUGAAGUAAAAGCAAAAUGCUCAGUGCUCUUAGAAGAUGAGCCAUUUCAGAUAUCUCGUUUGAUAAUAUUUAGUGAACAACCACAUGUUGGACAUCUGGUUGAAUAAUUGUUGGCGAUAAUUAAUAUAAUUUGGAGGUUGAUGAUAAAAAUGAUCUGUAACAUUUUUUUAAAUUUCUGCUCAGUAUUGAUGUGGUUGAUCGACAGAUGACCAUUGUAUGAGACUAAAUUUGACUGUACACCUGUAAUCUGUUUAUUCUUAGAGCCGCAAACAUUUUAUAUAAAACAAUAAGACAUUAACCAUUUUCUUUGGUAAAUAAAAAGAAAAAAAUGUGAACAUUU